CUCCCCCUUUGUCUCGUCCCCCCCUUUGGGGCAUGGUGCUUGUGGACCCCAUUCCACCGUGAACGUGGCUAACUAGGAUUGAGUCCGAGAAUGUCAUGGGCUAACAGGUCCUCUCGAACCACACCGAUGUUGGUUCAUGGCCUAGAUGCACACGUUCGUGUCCUUUUGCCCAGCCUAAUGCGAAGUUCAAGAAGGCACCUUUUCCCAGCUUCCCCUCUAUCAGCCCUUUCUACUGUUCCUCCUUGUUCCUGACAGUUGCUACUCGAAUAUUCCCAGUCGUCGUCUCUCUGAGGUACCUCACCAAACAACAACACUCGUGCCCUACGUCAUGGAGCAACUGAGUGCCCUUUCCUCGCAUGACCCGCGUUGCUUUGCCUCUAAGCCUCAGCCUCAACCCCAGACCCAGCCAGAGACGGCUUCUCAGUCUGCUGCCAGGUUGCUAUUCAAAUCACACUGGAAGUUGAACACAGAAUCAUCUCGUGAGGAGCCCAGAUUACGGAGGCUGUUGGGCCACAUAUCAGUGUACGACCGCACGAGGACGUUUGCACAAGCAGAAGAACAGACACAGCCGUCGGAAGAGACAAGGCCGGAACCAAACGAACUGUCUACCUACAUCCAACAACACCAAGUACCUUCUUUCAAAGAAUUCCAGGCAGCCCUCGAAGCCCAGCUGGCAACCAUUGCGCAAAUCCGAGCAGCCGCGGAACAAUACAACAACGCCGAGGAGUACAACAGCGACGAAGAAGAGGAAGAUGACAGCGACUACGACAGCUGCGACGGCGAUUGGUCUGACGAGGAGGACACCUCAGCCGAGAGCGAUGACAGCUGCACGGACUACGAAAGCGAGGGCCAACGCUCCGAAUGCUCCAGUCCCACUUUCGACUCGGCGGACGCCAAGUAUGGCCAGGACGAGUCGGAGGAGGACGACGAUGUCUGGGCCAUUCGGCCUCUUAUACCCCUUGUGAGCAAUCGCUCGGCAGAUUCGGGAUAGGGCUGAGAUCCGGGGAAUCAUGGGCACUAUCUUUUUCAGCUUCUCGUGUUUGGUUCUUGGCGUGGAGUCUUGUCGGUCAUAGGUCUCAUGGUGUCUCGACCCAGGCGGACACAUGAAAAAAAGGGAGGGCAUAUUAUUGGAUUGGGAGAAAGGAACUUUAUGUUUGGCAGAUGGAGUUUUUUUUCUGUGAUACCCAAAAAGGUGGAUUUGAAAAUAUGUACAAGGCGAAAUGAAUCCUCGUGCUCGUCAGAUAGCUGAACGGCACAUCAUGAACUUUGCAGACAC